CCCUAUAAAAGAAGUAGAGGUUCAUACCUUGUGAACCAAGGACAAGCUUCCCAAAAUACACACACUUACAGAGCACAUGUACUCGGUGGCACUAUAUCAGCACGACACUUAUAUGUGAUAAAUUCUGUUCCGGUAUAUAACAUUUCCAGAACACAUUCCAAUAAUAUGGAUCCAAGAUUGUUUUCAGUUGCUCAAAGCGUUGAUAGCGUUGAUAGCGUUGAUGCGUUAUAUUCUCUUAUUCAAGCGGAUCCAUGUAUUCUUCAAAAAGUCGACGUUUUACCUUUCGUCCACACACCUCUCCACGAAGCUUCAUCCACUGGGAAGAUAGAUUUGGCAGUAGAACUUAUGAUUCUACAGCCAUCUUUUGCCAAAAAAUUGAACAAGGAUGGGCUUAGUCCCUUGCAUCUCGCUGUCGAGAACCAGCACGUUGAGUUAGCGCAAGAGCUAAUCAAGUUUGAUCCCAGUCUUGUUCGUAUUCGUGGAAGAGGAGGUACAACACCUUUGCAUCUUGUGGCGGAAAAAGGCCACGCGGAUCUUCUUACAGAGUUUCUCUUUGUAUGUCCUGAAAGCAUUAGAGAUGCAAAUGUUAAUGGAGAGACUGCUUUACAUAUCACGGUUAAAAACGAUAGACACGAAGAGCUCGAAGUUCUGAGAGGCUGGAUGCAGAGAAUGCUUAUAAGUGAUGCUUUAUCCACUGAGAAACACGUCCUGAACACACGCGAUCGUGACGGCAACACAGCCUUGCACCUAGCGGCGUACAAGAAUGAUAUUAAGGCAGUGAAAGAGCUGUUGGAAUGCAUGUCACUGAACCGCAACAUCCAGAACAAAAGCGGCAUGACAGCCCUUGAUGUAUUACGAGCCAAUGGAUCUCACAUGAACAUUAAAGAAACAGAGAAAAUCAUACAACAUUCCGGGGGUAAGACCAGGGACUCUGUAACCACGUUUAACACAAUGUCUGUCUUCCUAAAGACACCCGUCUCUUUUUGGGAACAUUGUUCGACGGGAUUGGCACGAUAUAAGAGUAAUAUGACAGACGGAACACGGAACGCUCUUCUCGUGAUAACCGCUUUGAUAAUCACCGCUACUUAUCAGACCGCGGUUCAACCGGAUGAUGAUGAGGAUUUCAUCAAAAGCAACGAUGUCGUAUCCAAGAUUGUGCUAUUAUGGGGAUUCAAUACAAUAGCCUAUUUCCUAUCUAUGGCCUUGACUUUUAUACUCAUACCAGUUGGUGGAGCAUACACUUGGUGGUAUAUAUGCAUUACGUUACCGCUCGAUUGUUCUUAUGUACUUUCGACGUACAUGAAGUAUAAUCUCCGGCCGAAUGAGAUCCCCAUAUCGCUCAUCUAUAUAUACGUGAUCGUUAUACUCGGAUUUCUCGUCGGUCUGCUUGUAUUCUACGUGAGGUGGAGGCGGACAACGCGGAAGAGUGGACCGGAACCCAAACGUGAGCUGAUUUCCGAAGGCUUCAAGACCGUGGUUUAAACUUUUGAAGCAUUUAUAUAAUACCAUUGUUUCGUUGGACUUCGUCAGAAAGUUGUGAAA